CAUCGCGGCGCGCCGCCGCCUGGCUCUUGACGCUAGCCCACUAUGGCGGAGGCGGGCCGAGUCGCCGUUCGUGACCCGGGUGCGCUGCUCCCGGACGGCUUCUGGGCGGCGGUGGCCGUGUGGCUGGAGAGGCCGCAGGUGGCCAACAAGCGACUGUGUGGUGCCCGCCUAGAGGCCCGGCGGAGCGCCGCCCUGCCCCGGACCGGGGCCCGCGGCCCCAGGCAGAGUACAGGCCCGGAGCGGGAGGAGCGGGCCACGGAGGGACACGGGCCCGAGGAGGGACGGCUACUCGGUCAGCGUCCCCCCGAGGCCGGCCCGGGCCCCAGGUCGAGCGCAGGCCUCGAGGAGUCCCAGGGCCGGCGCCACAAAGGGGAGGACGAGAGGGAAGCAGCCGCAGCGCCUCUGCUCGCAGGGGCCCCCGGACGGCCUGGCGAGGCAGGAGUCGGGGAGGGCGACUUGCCAGCCUGGGAUCUGGAUUCUCUCUGGGACGACUUCUCCCGAAGCCUCGGCGGCGGCAGUCAGGAUAUGCUGGCCUUCCUUACAGGCUCUGGGGCGGGAUCGCAGUCAGAGGCUCAGCACCAGCUCGAUGUGGUUCUCAGAACCGUCAUCCCGAAAAGGAACCCGCUUUCUGCUCUGAGGAGAGAAAUAGUCGUGCAAGAUGUCCAUAAUGGAACCGUAACUUUUUUACCUUUGGAGGAAGAUGACAAAGGGAAUGUAAGCGUUCAGCUGAGCAACGUGUAUCAGAUUCAGCUCCGUCACAGCGAAGAACAGUGGUUCAUAUCUGUUUUAAUUUUCUGUCCAGAAAGAUGGCAUUCAGAUGGAAUUGUUUAUCCCAAACUCACCUGGCUUGGAGAAGAGCUGCUGGCCAAGCUGGCCAGGUGGGCUGUGGAGAGCAGGAAGAGCGAGUUUAAACGCACCCUGUCCCUCGUUUCCAUUGUGAAGUACAGCCAGGUUUACCAGGAGCUGAAAGACAAAUACAAGGACAUGGUCAAGGUGUGGCCUGAAGUGACCGAUCCUGAGAAGUUUGUGUAUGAAGAUGUAGCUAUUGCCUCCUACCUGCUGGUUUUAUGGGAAGAAGAGCGAGCCGAGCGGGGAGUGACAGCCAAGCAGUCCUUCGUGGACUUGGGGUGCGGAAACGGUCUGCUGGUGCACAUCCUGAGCAGCGAGGGGCAUCCAGGCAGAGGGAUCGAUGUCCGACGAAGAAAAAUCUGGGACAUGUAUGGGCCGCAGACUCGCUUAGAGGAAGUUGCUAUCACACCCAACGAUAGGACCCUCUUCCCGGACGUUGAUUGGCUAAUCGGUAACCAUUCCGAUGAACUAACACCAUGGAUACCUGUCAUUGCAGCCAGGUCUUCCUACAGCUGCCGUUUCUUCGUCCUGCCCUGCUGCUUCUUCGACUUCGUGGGAAAACACUGCCGGAGGCAGAGCGGGAAGACUCAGUACCGGGGGUACCUGGACUUCAUCAGCGAAGUGGGCCGGGCCUGCGGGUUCCGCGUGGAGGAGGACUGCCUGCGCAUCCCUUCCACCAGGCGGGUUUGCCUCCUCGGCAAGUCCAGGACGUACCCACCCGCCGGAGAGGCCUCCGUGGACGCGCAGAGGACCCGGUACAUUAACAGCCGGCAGGGCCGCGCUGCCAGCCGCCCGAGCUGUCCGGAUGAGGGGCCUGCCCCUCCUCCACGCGGCAGCACGGAUCAGCCCGGCAGUCACCCCGGUGGCUGCCCCGACAGCCGCCCCGACAGCCAGGGAGCCCCGGACGCCGGGGCUGACGGGCGGUGGCUGUCUGGAUUCCGCCCUAGAGAGAAAGCUGAGCGCGGGAGGAACUGUGCCGCCCUCCCGCGGGAGUUCGUGGACGGAGUGGUUGUACAGGUGGCACAGCGGCUGCUGGGUGGGAAGCGCCUCGACACAGGCGGCUCUCGCAGCGGGACCGUGGGGACCUGGAACCGAGGAGCAGAGAGCCUUUCCUUGGCCGAAGUAGCGGGCGAGCUGGGCGGGGAGACGCUGCGGAGGCUGAAGCGGGAGUGCGGCGGCCUCCAGACGCUGCUCAGGAACAACCGGCAGGUGUUCGAAGGUCCCGCAUGUGCUUCUGCAUGCCACACAGCCUCCUGCACCUGUCACGUCAGCACCCCAGCUAGGCUGCGAGCUUCCUGUGGGCGACUUUCGCCCUGUGUUUUAGAGUCAGGAACACGUUUCUGCGUGGGAAGCUGUCUGACUUGGGAGCUGGCUGGAGGAUGUUGGACGCAGGCCUGCCUAGGACCGGAUACGGGAUGUCGGGAGUGGGUGACAGCUGCACCGUGUCCUGGGGCAUGGGGCAGCAUGUCGACGUCCUGGCUGGCCACAGGGCUCCUGGCUGCUGUCAUUCAGGGCUGCCCCGUCAUUAGCGCCCACUCCCCAGGCCUUAGAAAUCCCAAAGGGCCCCUUUUCCUGACCCUGUAGGAAUUGCUCCAGAAGCGUGGCUAGGUGUCCUCUCACCGGUCAGGGGAGGCCCGCCACACGCCAGCCUGUCCUGAUGUCUGGAGGGUGGGGUUCCUGCCCGGCUUGGGCCUCUGCGACCUCCCCCAGAUGUCUCAUGGCCCGUCCUGGCCAUCACGGGCUCCUGGCCUUUUGGGGCCCACCCCGGGAAUCUGGGAGCCUUCGAGGCACCUUCCUACGCACUUGAGAGUGUGUUGUUCUGUGCUGCACCCAGAGGUGCUGCUGUGGGGACACCUGGGGACACAGCAACGUCUCCUUGGCUCGCGCUUUCAGGCAGAGAAAGCCACGACACCCUUGGGAGACAGUGGGGAGACAGCACGCCGGCCAGAGGUGCCUCUUGGCCCCGAGAGGACGAACCUCCCGUUUGGCUGGCGUGGCUCCUGUCCGUUCCCCGGGGAGUCCUGGUCCGCGUCGGUGUGCAGGGACGGGCUGGGCGGGGUGGCGCUUCUGUUCACCGUCCAGUUAGGAGCCGCCCGGCCAGCUCUGCUCAGCGGGCCGCUGCUGCGUCUGCCCAGCCUCCUGUCUCAGCGUUUUGCAGCCUCCAGGCAGAACCCAGCCGGCUUGGUCGUGUUGGCUCCGUGUCACGUGUCGUUGGCUCUCGGGAAGACGGCCAAGUGCGAGCUCCGGGGGAGCCUCGGCUGAGUAGGGACGACCAGCUUAGGGGGCAGCUCCGAGGGGCCCUGAUCAGCUGCCCGGGCCACAGCCCGUCCCUAGCCCUCUGGGGUCCUCCAGUACCUAGCUCUGACAUCACCCUGGCCUCACAGGCCCCUCCCAACACCCACUGUCUCCUGCUCUGACCCCCCCCUGCCGGCGGGGCUGCUGGUCGCUCCUGCUGUUUGGGGGGCUCAGACUAUGGGCAUCCCCGCUGCCUGCUCCCUCGUCUUUGGAGGGGACCUGCGCCCAGCUCGCUCAUUUUCUCUCUGUGACGUGGAGGCCUGGUCCUUGAGGACCGGCGUCACCAUGCAGACAGUGUCCGACCUGCCUGAGUCUGGACCGCGUCGUGGCCCUCACACCGGCUGCCCUGGGUCGUCAGCCUGGCUUCCCACCAGCCACUCCACCCCAUGGUCACACCUUGGGUCUUGCCAUCACCAGGACCUAGACUUCAGGCUCAGGGCACUUCACCAUCUCCCAGUGUCCAGCGCGCUCCUGAGAACUCCGGCCCCUCCCCCAGCCCUCCCGCACCCCCUGCUGGCCCUGCCCUGUUUGGGGUCCUGUCUCCCAGGCCUGUGCCUCCGUCACCACUCACCUGUAGGUGGGGCCUGCGAGCCUCAGCGGGGCGGGGGCUGCCAUCCACUGCUUGAGAUCUCGGCACCUUGUCCCACUGGGCACCGGCGGCCAGGGCUGGUGGGGACCCAGCCCGUGUCAGUGCACCCCACAGGUCCCGGUGCUCUGAAGGACUUGCAGGGCGAUGAGCCGGCUGACCUGUCUCUUCUCCAAA